UCGAAAACCAACUUUGUAGAUAUGAACUCUGAAAUCACCCUCUCUUGUCUAGUUUGCAAUGUGUCGGAAGUAACUAGAAUAGAGUACCGCCAUAAUGAUGAACGUGUUGCGGUUUUUAUAUUCGGUAUUACAUCAGUCACAAACUCAUCAUCUUUCAAACUGGAGAGCCUUUCGUAUGGACAAGAAAUAUCAGAACUUUUCUUGAAAGUUCGCAAAUUUACAGACGCAUCAAUCGGAACAUAUACCUGUUUCAUCAAUGAAACAAGCAAGUCGUCAUUGUACCUUACAUUGAAAGUUCCAGUGGAAAAUGUAACCUUAAUACCAGAAAUUCAAACAGUGUCCGUCCUUUCCGGUGUGGUAAUAAAUUACAUCAGCUGUGUUUCAUCAAUUGGACGCCCAACGCCCACAAUUACCUGGUAUCUUGACAAUAGAACGCCGUUUGAUUACUCUGAUGACGUGAACCUUACUGGGAAUAGCAAUAAUACUGUGAUCGCCGAUGUCACGACAAGCAGUCUAUCAAUUGCAUUUACAGCUAAAGAGCACAGUGAACGGAUUUACUGUAAUGUUUCAAACGGAUAUACACCGGUCAUAUCCAAACGGACUUUCCUAAUCGAUGUGUUGGAUCCACCGUCAGUUCCAUUGUGUCAAAUCGGAACAAGUACCAUAAAAUCAAACAUUAUACGGGCUGCAAAAAAUGACCCUUUUGUAAUGACGUGUACCAGCAAAAGCAACCCAGCCCCAUUGCGCUACAAAUGGAUACUGCCUUGGGGAGAGGAACAGAAUGGCACUCAACUCACUAUUGAAACUCUGCGAGAAAGCAGUAACAAUAUAUACACACUUGAAGUGAUCAAUGAAAUGAACUCAACCUUCUCAAAUGAGAUUGUUAAAGGAAAUCUCACUACAUCGUUUACAUUUGAAAUUUUAUCACCACCUGCCGCUCAGUUCAUUGGAAAUUACACAGUUCUAUUGAACACAACGUUGUCUGUUGUGUGUCCGUACAUACCAGGAAACCCCCCAGAGACAAGAUUCAUGUGGUUUCGAGGAAAUACAUCCUUGAUAAGGUCAGAGCAAACUUUGUCGUUGACACGUUUGAAGAUCGCUGACGAAGGAUCUUACACCUGCAAAAUAAGCAACAUAUUGGACCCUACAGGACGAGACAUUGAAGAGGCAUUCGAUGAAACAUCAUUUUACGUGGAUAAUGAUGGUGAUGAAUACGAGCCUGUCACAUUGCGUAGCAUCGUGGGAAGCUUUGAGCGGAAACUUCAAAGAGCAAAGUACCCAUACUCUAUCUUCCGGAGCAGUGGUCCAGAAUUUUACCUUACAAGUGACUGCCUGAAAGCAAAGCAGAACAAUCUAAAAAUAACAACAAGGAAAAGGUAA